GACUCCACAUCUGUCUGCGCGACAGCAUGUGUGACCUUGAUACAGUAUUGCCGAGGCGUCGCUAAAAAGUAGAAGGAGGGGCAUAAGAGUUUCUUUUCGCCAACGAGACGUGUGUGCCAUUUUUUUAAACCGUCGGUUCGACGUGGAUGUACCGCACCGGAGUUUUGCUCUUUUUUCAAUACUCGUGGGUUUCCACCGUGUGCAUGUGAAUAUUCGAGACGAAGUUAUAAGGCGUGACAGACUUGUGCAAUCGACUGACUUUGGUACAACAGUGUUGUGGCGUGCAGUAGAAGAAAAACGGUGUCAUUGAACUUCGACUUUCACUCGCCAAAAUGUGCAAAGCGGCUCUAUUGAUUUUAGGACUUGUUGCCAGCGCCUAUGCUGAGGAAUUAGUUGCAUCAGUGCUAUUAACGCCGGACCUAGCGUUCAAAGAGAAGAACGUAAUUGGUACACUGAAAAUCGUUCAGAGCGUGGCCAACGGACCGGUGACGAUCACCGGAAGCGUCAGCGGUCUCAACAAGGAUGGUGUCCACGGUUUCCACGUUCACGCGAAAGGUGACUUGACUCAAGGCUGCAAGUCCGCCGGACCGCACUUCAACCCUGAAAAGGUGAAGCACGGCGCACCCGAGGAGACAGUCCGCCACGUCGGUGACCUCGGCAACAUCAAGGCCAACGCCGAGGGUGUGGCCCAGAUCAACAUCACCGACACGAUGAUCUCCCUGAGCGGGCCCAACAGCAUUUUGGGCCGUGCUUUCGUGGUCCACUCCCAGGAGGACGAUCUUGGCAAGGGCAACAGUACGGUCUCCCAAGAGACCGGUAAUGCUGGCGAUCGCUGGGCCUGCGGUGUCGUCGGCAUCUUGUAGGUUAAUUCUCUCGCUUUCUGUCGCGCAAAAACUUCAUACACAUUAUUACCUUUAAUGUCUGUUAAUGUUUCGUUUCGUUGCAUACCUGUGUGCGUGAAUAUUUACGGGAGAUAUACCCAGCGUUGAAAAUUAUCGUAGUGGUAUGACGUUACUAUUAUUAUUAUUAUUAUUAUUAUUAUUAUUAUUAUUAUUAUUAUUAUUUGUUUUAACGCGUAUCGAGGAUUGUGCCUACGUAUUGAGAGUAUAAGAAUUAUAAUGUAACAAUGGCAGAGAAAAAUUAUUUUCCCAAGAUUAUGAAAGUCUACAUAUACUUAUUUAUUAUCUAUGAACUGGAUAUUAUACUGAACAAACUUAAUUAAGCUUCGACAGUGUAAAUAGUGCUAUACAUCGAUAUACUCCCGGUGAUUUGUUAUCGAUUUCAUGUUUUUAUUAUUCCCCCAACAUAACAUAUCCUUCAAUGUUCACAUCCCCUUGUCCCUUUUUAACUUUGAUAAAAUAAAUAAAAGUUGAAAAAUAUA